AUGAAGGUGUCGGAUUUUUUUUGUUUUGUCGUGAAAAUUUUUGAAAAUGUGUUUUGACUGUAAAAGUAUUGUUUUUAUUUUUUAGUGGGUUGUCCUUUCGAUCAUGGACUUCAAUUUCAAGGUGAACGAGGAUUUUAAGAAGUUGGAUGACUCGACUGUGGUCCCAGGGCUAGUUUUGUAUGAAGAUGGAGAUUAUGUUUACCACAAGCCCACAAAUGGUAAGUUGUUUUGUUUUUGGCGUGGAAAACUUAAUGUUUCGUUUUAAAACAUGAAUUUUCAGAAGUGAAGUCUUACGAUCAGAUUCCAAAAGAUCGAUACCUGGUCAAGCCAGAGUAUGCCAAUGAACGGGAAAAAAUGAAGGAUCAAGGUUAGCUCUUUAGACUUUUUUUCCUUAUUUAGGACCGUUUUUUUCCAAAAGUAUCGUAACGCCGCGGCGUAAUAUUGCAGCGAAGGGCAUGGAGGCCAUUUCCAAAGGGGAACUUUGUGUUCUGGUUCUUUGUGGCGGCCAGGCAACUCGUCUUGGGGCUGAUAGACCAAAGGGGACCUUCGAGUUGGGUCUAGAAAAACCUUUUAAUACUCUUCUUCGAUAUCAAGCAGCUCAGAUUGUCCGGUUGAAGGAAUUGGCGAAGAACAGAUAUCCUAGUUCGGACCCCAAGAUUCUGUGGUAUAUUAUGGUUAGUAAGAGCACUCAUAAAGCCAUCAAAGAGCAUAUUGAUGAUUUGUGCACUGAUCUGGAUUUCCCACGUGAUGACAUUGUAAUCUUUGAGCAGCAAGAGAUUCCGGCUUUCAGCUUUGAAGGGAAGAAAUUCUUGCAAAAGGAUGGAACUUAUUUUAUGGCUCCUAGUAAGUCACUUUUGCGUUAAUUUUUGUUUUAAAAUUUUAGGGACAUUUUUGGGAAUUGUUUUUUACCGUGUAAUUUUAGAUGGUAACGGAGGUCUCUACGACUCUCUCAGGCCACAUCUUUCCGAAUUAGAAAGCAGCGGAGUCCGGUACGUCCACGUCUAUUGUGUUGAUAACAUCCUUUGUCGAGUCGGAGAUCCCAUUUUCCUUUCCAAGUUCAUCGAAAAAGAGGCUGAUUGUGCUGCCAAGGUGAGAAUACACCAGAAUUAUCGAUUAUAAACUUUUGAGCAAUUCUGAUAUGAAAUCGAUUUACCUUUGAUAUUUGCAGGUUGUGGAAAAGAAAGUUCCCUCAGAGAAGGUUGGGGUUAUCUGUUUGGAGAAUGGAAAACCAACAGUUGUAGAAUAUACGGAGCUCCCGAAGGAGUUGGCAGCAGAGAGAACAGACGAUGGAAAACUGAAAUACCGCGCCGGAUCAAUCGCGAAUCAUUUGUUCUCUCUCGAUUUCCUGAAAGAAGCUUGCCAACUUCAUCUCCCUUAUCACAUUGCCAGAAAAAAGAUCCCUUUCUAUGAUCCGGUGAUGGACAUGGUCUUUCAUAAAACUAUCAACAGAGAGAAUGGAGUCAAAUUGGAGAGAUUCAUUUUUGAUGUUUUCCCGGCUUCAAAGUAAGCAUUUUACAUUUUUUUAAAGAAUUCGUAUAAUACUUGAGACCUGAUUUUUUUUUAUUUGAUGAUUUUAUGUUUCAGAAACUUUCUUGUGUUCCAAGUUGAACGGUCAGACGAGUUCUCCCCUCUGAAGAACCCUGACAGCGCCGGAGUCGACUGUCCUUCUACCUGUCGCAGAGAUUUGUCAAAUCUUCACGCAAAAUGGCUGCAGCAGGCUGGAAUUAUCCUCGAAAAGGAGAUCUUGUUCAUCUCCCCGCUCAGAACAUACGAUGGUGAAGGUCUAAGCUCCGAGGAAACGGCGGUCAGCGCCGGUGGAUACUUUGAUUUCUUUUUAAAACAUUAG